GGAGGGGGAGUUUCCUCGGAGCCUGCCAAGCCAGCAGCGGCUCUGCAGCAGCACAAGCGCGGCGGAAGAGCGACUAGCCAGGCGCGCAGGCAGCCGCGCGCUACGUCUCCCCUUCGCCGCGCGCGCGUUGACGCCUGAUUGCAAACACAGACUUUACUCGACCCCCCGCCACCCUUUUCCUUGGUCUUUUGGCCAGCAAACUCUUAAGCUGGGAUAAGUAACCAUUGCACCGACAGCAGCAACCUUAAAUACAUUGGCUACCAACAUCGGAUGUACAGUUUUGUUUUGCUUUUUAAAAACAGUUGAUCCAGUCUCCCGCCCCUACUGUAAUACUUCCAGCGCUGUUUUGCGACGUCCCCCGAUUUUUGUUGUUUUUUUCAUUUCUGCAUUAAAAUCAAGAAACUGCAAAAAUGCCGGCUGAUACUAUGGAGAAGCCUACUGCCUCCCCGAUUGCGGGGGCCCCGGCCAGUGCCAGCCAGACCCCCGAUAAACCCAAGAGCGCCAGCGAACACAGAAAGUCUUCCAAACCAAUCAUGGAGAAACGACGCCGUGCCAGGAUUAAUGAAAGCUUGGGCCAGCUCAAGACUCUCAUUCUGGAUGCUCUGAAGAAAGAUAGCUCCCGGCACUCAAAGCUGGAGAAAGCAGAUAUUCUGGAAAUGACAGUAAAGCACCUGCGGAACCUGCAAAGGGCUCAGAUGACAGCCCUGAGCGCUGAUCCUACCGUCCUAGGCAAAUACCGGGCAGGAUUUAACGAGUGCAUGAACGAAGUGACCCGCUUCCUCUCCACCUGCGAAGGAGUCAACACAGAUGUCCGUGGCCGGCUGCUGGGCCACCUCUCCACCUGCCUGAGUCAGAUCAUGGCCAUGAAUUACCCUGCGCCCCCACCGCCCCCACCACCUCCAGCUGCAAGUGGACAGCCUGCCCAUCUGGCUCAACCUCUGCAUGUCCAGUUGCCAGGACCUGCUGGAGGACCUGGGGGGAUGCCAGUGCCUUGCAAACUGAACCCUGCGGAAACCUUGUCUCCAAAGGUCUACGGGGGCUUUCAGCUGGUGCCGGCAACUGAGGGCCAGUUUGCUUUCCUCAUCCCGAACCCCGCCUUCCCGCCUGGCUCGGGGCCAGUGAUUCCUCUCUACGCCAACGCAAACAUGCCAGUCUCUUCCGGCAGUUCGACAGCAACUCCUUCCGUCUCCCCAGUGCAGGGGCUCACAUCCUUUGGGGGAAGCUUAGCGCCAGUCUCCCAAGCUGGUGGGGAGCGCAGUGAAGCUGUCUGGAGGCCUUGGUGAUUCUCUCCUCUGAAAACAGACACCAUCUUCUGCUCCCGCUUCCUACCCCCCACCCCUCCACAAAAGGACUUGAAUUUGGUUCCGUUGUAUGGAACCUGGACUUUGGUUUUUGUGUUAAAUGCACCCCACCCCACAAACUCCUUAUUUAUUCAUUUCCAAAGGUUGGGAAUUCAGUUUGUAUUCUUACUCUUUUUUUAAUUAAAGAAAUUGUUUAUGUGAAA